UCUACAUCGUGGAUGCACAAAACACAUUCCACAAGUCACAUUACAAUUUACACAGAUCGAAACAAACAUUCCCUCUCUUCUCCCUGAAGAAUUGCCUUGCCUUGCCGACGCCCAAGCCAAGAUCUGAUUUUGAUUGAGCUUGGAUGACGAAUUCUCUGAAAGCCGUGACCCUAACUCACGUCCGGUACCAGAGGGGCGAUCAGCUAGGGCAUUUCCUGGCAUGGAUUUCCCUGGUCCCCGUCUUCAUCAGCUUCGGCGGCUUCGUAUCCCACUUCAUCUUCCGCCGCGAGCUCCAGGGCAUGUUCUUCGCCAUCGGCCUCCUCAUCUCCCAAGUCAUAAACGAAUUCAUCAAGACCUCCGUCCAGCAGGCCCGCCCCGAGACCUGCGACCUGCUCGAGAUGUGCGAUUCCCACGGCUGGCCCUCCAGCCACUCCCAGUAUAUGUUCUUCUUCGUCGUCUAUUUCACCCUCCUCACCCACUACAGAAUUGGCUCUCUCUUCCGGAAUCAGAUGGCCAUGGUGCUCCUCGUCGUCUGGCCGCUCGCUGUCCUCACCAUGUAUUCUAGGGUUUAUUUGGGCUACCACACCGUGGCGCAGGUUUUCGCCGGGGCAGCCUUGGGGAUUGCUCUCGGUGGGGGCUGGUUCUGGGUUGUCAAUAAUUGGUUCAGGUGUCAUUUCCCCGCGAUGGAGGAGAGCGCCAUCGGCAGGCUGCUUUACGUCAAGGACACUUCGCACAUUCCCAAUGUGCUCAAGUUUGAAUAUGAAAACACAAGGGCUGCCAGGAAGGAGGCUUGUAAGCGCUCGGAUUGAUGAUGGGAUUUGUUGGUGCUGCUAAAGUAUAGGAAGUUAGGAAGUGUUUAAUUUGGUUCGCUCAAAGAAAGCUACGAGCAGCAACGGAAAUAGGAAAUGUCAUUAUCAGUAGAUGAUGGGGGCUGGUUAACCAUUCAUGGUGUGGGAUGAGAUCCUGGUGUCUUAACACUAACAGAUAAAUCACUGGUCUGUUUUGUGGAAUCAUCUGUGUCACCCUUUCUAUAACCUUAUUUGGUGCUACCGUUAUACAUAGAUCAAAGUAGCUGCAUUUGGAGUUGCUGCAUAGAUUGAAAAACAUUGCAAUAAAUGAUGGAAUUACCGAUUAUUGUAGUGCGCUUUGUUGUGUUUGCAA